UGGCGUUUAACGGACGGGUGUGGUUACGGUUUCUUAGCUCUGGCGUGAUUACCCAUGCCGGCUCCGUCAGCCCGCUAGGCCAGCGACUUCUGUGACUCCUGUUGGAAGUGGCGCCUCGGUGUGAGUGAACAGAACGCCGGCUGGGAGCCGUGCCCACAGGUACCUUAAUGUUGGCUUUGUGUCUGAAGCUCCUGGAACUUUUCUUUUACUGAGAUAGAACUUGUUCAAAUCACACUGCAUAUAUAGUACAUACAUACUUAGCCCAAGCCCAAGAAUUAUUAGAAUCCUCUAGUAAGACAAAUUGGAACAAUAGUGAGAGUUCUGUCUAGGAAGAUGCAGCCUCUGACCAAGUUGGUGACUUUUUCAAAACCUCAAAGCCUGACUCUAUAUGAACAAAGUGAGGCCCUGAAAGCAGAUGUGUCUUGGCAGGAAGAAUCCAUCCCAGUCAUGGAAACAUGUGACUCUGAGGCCUCUCGUCAGAAGUUCAGACAUUUCCAGUAUUUGGAUGUGCCUGGGCCUCAUGAAGCCCUGUGCCAACUCUGGGAGCUCUGUCUUCAGUGGCUGAAACCAGAGAUUCACACAAAGCAACAGAUUCUACAACUGUUGGUGCUGGAACAAUUUCUGACAAUUCUCCCUGAAGACAUCAGGACUUGGGUGAAUUUACAACAUCCAAAGAACAGCAAAGAAGUGGUGACCCUCAUAGAGGAUGUGAUUGGAAUGCCUAAAGAAGAAGAGACACCCUGCAAGGAUUCUAUCCUGCUCCAAAAGGGGAGCAUCAAGGAGAAAGUGGAAGCUGACUCGCUGACAGGCAAUUCCCAGGAACCAAUAUCAUUCAAAGAUGUGAUUGUGGAAUUCAGCGAGGAAGAGUGGGGACAACUGGACCCUGCUGUAAAGAACGUGUACAGGGACGUGAUGCUGGAGAACUAUAGGAACCUGAGUUCACUGCAUCAAGAACAUCUAUUUUCCAAACCAGUUGAGCUCUCCGAGUUGGAAAGUAAGGACAGAAGAUGGAUAAUAGAGCAAGAAAUCCCAAGCACAUCUGUUUUUGACAAAGAGGUAAUUUCAGAAAACCAAGAUUCAGUUACAAAGGAGAGAAUUUCUGGAGAAGAAUCAUCUCAUGGAGUGAUUAUGAGAAGGCUGACCAAAAGUGGACCCCUUUUCUUAGAUGCUUGGAUGACUGAUGAUUGGCUAAACAGGAACCAGGAACAUUGGGACAUAAGUUUGCCAGAAGAAGCUAUUAUUCAUAAGACUGUUGACACUGAGGAGGGAAACUUCAAAGAUAGUGAGAAUAAGGAAAACUUAGAUGUUAAGUCAGUUAAUUCAAUUUUUGAUAUACAACAGAGAAUUCCUAUGAAAAAGGGGUUCUCAAAAUGUGGUAAGUUUAAAACUAACUUCAAAUUUAAUUUAGAUUCAGUAGAUAAGCAACAUUCAGAAUAUAAUGAAUGUGGGAAUGCCUUGAGCCUGAGUGUAGACAUUAAGCACCCAGAAAGUCAGACCUUAGUGAAUUCCUAUGAAUGCUAUCACUGUGGGAAAGCAUUCAGCCGGAGUUCAUCUGUCAUUCGACAUCAGAUCAUUCACACAGGAGAGAAACCCUAUAAAUGUAGUGAGUGUGGGAAAUUCUUCAACAGACGUACAAACCUUACUAAGCAUCAAAAGAUUCAUACUGAAGCAAAGGUCUGUGAAGGCAAUAAAUGUGGAAGAGCUUUCAGUGAGAGUAAAAACCAUAAUAAAAAUUCAAGACUUUAUUCUGGAGAUAAUCCCUAUGAAUGUGUUAACUGUGGAAAAUCCUUCAGCCGGAGCUCCUCCCUUAUUCGACAUCAAAUGAUUCAUACAGGAGAGAAGCCAUUCAAAUGUAAGGAAUGUGAGAAGACCUUCAACAGGAGUUCAAACCUUAAAAAACACCAAAAACUUCAUACUCAAGAGAAGUCCUAUAACAGGAAGAAACCCAGGAUUACCUACAUCAAUGAAUUUACUGGAGGGAGUCCUGUGAAUAUAGCAAAUGCAAGAAAAUGUUUGUCAGGGAUUAUUCUUUAAUUGAUGUGAUAGAAUUAUAUUAGAGAGAAAAUCUUUUAUUGGACAGAAAUCUGUUUGAGGAGCUUUUCUAGGCUCCCAAAUGAAGCCAUAAGGGUUUGGAGUUUAAAUGUAUCACCAUAUAAGUCUGUCUGUUGUGAUUCUGAUACCGUUGCCAUCAUCAUUUCUACUUCCUUAAUGGGACCUAUGGCAUCCAUAUGUUCACCUGAUUUAUUGAAGUUGGGAGGAGCCAAGCAAUGCCCUUGGAGUUGAUAUUUAAUAAAACUCAAACUUCAGUCCUUAUAAGAAGGUCAUGAGAAACCACAAGCUCACAAGAAUAUAGGAAGACUAUACUUCUAAGGACCGAACUCUCUGAAUUAAUGGCAGAGACCACAGUGAUAGAAAAUUACUACAUCCUUGAUAAUGUCCUUGGCUGGUGCUGAGUGGGGCCUAGAAUUGGAGGAGGGUUAUUAACUGCAAUGGGAAGUGGAUUAACAAAUAUACUUGUGGUCUUCAAAUCUGCAUUUUUAAAAGUAUUCUUUGCAGUCUAGGCUAGAGAGACAUCCAUAGCCUUGGGUCAAUCAUUUAUUCCAAACAUUAAGAGGUCAAUAAAGUGUUUUAAUACUCUGUGCACUA